GUCGCCGUCGUCGUCGACCUCGGUACCAUGGGUAGCAAGGGCCUGACCACAUCUGCGGGCACUGGCGUGGCGAGCACCAACAUUCUUCAGCCAGGAGAGAAGAACACCAUCGACUCGCUGGAAGCCAACAUCGACAACUUCGACUUCCUCUGGCAUGCCGGCGACAUUGCCUACGCCGACUACUGGCUCAAGGAAGAGAUCCAUGGAUUCCUACCCAACACAACCAUUCAGGGAGGCGCCGCCGUGUACGAGUCCAUCCUGAACGAGUUCUACGACGAAAUGAUGCCCAUCACCGCCCGCAAGCCCUACAUGGUGGGCCCCGGCAAUCACGAGGCCAACUGUGACAAUGCUGGCACCACGGACAAGGUGCACAACAUCACGUACGACAGCAGUAUCUGCAUGAUGGGCCAGACCAACUUCACCGGCUUCAAGAACCACUUCCGCAUGCCUAGCGACGUCUCCGGCGGCACCGGUAACUUCUGGUACAGUUUCGACCACGGCAUGGUGCACUUCAUCCAGCUCGAUACCGAGACCGACCUGGGCCAUGGUUUCAUCGGCCCCGACCAGACUGGCGGAUCUGAGGGUUUCACCGGUGUUGACCCGGUCAAUGCGACCAUGAACGCGCAGUCUAACUGGCUGGAAGCCGAUCUGGCGGCCGUUGACCGCUCCAAGACUCCGUGGGUCGUUGUGGCCGGCCACCGCGCCUUUUAUCUCAGCAACACCGGUGAUACCUGCCCGACGUGCAAGGACGUCUUCGAGCCGUUGCUGCUCAAGUACAACGUUGACCUGGUGCUGUCGGGCCAUUCGCACAUCUACGAGCGCCUCGCACCAAUCGCCGACGGCAAGAUUGACCCCAACGAGCUGGAGAAUCCCUCCUCCCCCUGGUACAUCACCAACGGUGCCGCUGGCCACUACGACGGCCUCGACUCCCUCGAUAGCCCCCGCCAGCCCUACAGCCGCUUCGGCCUUGACACGUCCAACGCCACCUACGGCUGGAGCCGCCUGACCUUCCACAACUGCACUCACUUGACUCACGACUUUGUCGCCAGCAACAACGACACCGUCCUUGACUCCGCCACUCUGUUCAAGGCCCGUACUUGCGACCAAGAUCGCAGGCGCCACUGAGUCCGUCACUCCUGUCACUGCUAGUGACUGCGAAAAGACCUCAACCACUCUGGCUGGUCGCUGCCUUGAAAGUUCUGUGAAGCUCGGGAUGUGGCACUCUGUAGUAGGUACGAGAGGAGCAGGACCCGCACGCAAGAGGGUCAACCCUUUGUAUGAGUGUCUUGGAAACGUGGAUACGUGUAAUAUGAGUCCAAUAGAUGAAAAUCCUUCAAGUUAAUGCACUUUUACUUUACCUCUCGCAGUCGACUUACGUGAUGUUCGUGGCCGACGAUUUUGUCCUCAGUCACCUCCAACACCUUCUGAUUCACAACGGGCGAAAGCUGCCGCGUGCGUGCAGUGGUCUUCUCGUCAUGGUACUAAGCAUUGUCAUGGAGACGAGCCACUAGGUCUUAGCGCGAC